CAGCGGUUAUUCCCACAGUGUAAAUCGAAGUCGCCAUAAAUUUCUAUAUAAUAUAAUAUUAUUUUUCCUUUUUUAUCCAUUUCACAUUUACCGUUAGUUAUGGCGAAUAUCUUCACGCCUACAAAUCAAGUCAAACUUACAAAUGUUGCAGUUGUGAGGCUAAAAAAGUCUGGGAAAAGAUUUGAGAUUGCUUGCUACAAAAACAAAGUUAUGUCUUGGAGGACCAACGUGGAAAAAGAUAUAGAUGAAGUCCUUCAAACACACACAGUCUUUACUAAUGUAUCCAAAGGCCAAGUCGCCAAGAAUGAAGACCUUGUUAGAGCAUUCGGCACUGACAACCAAACAGAUAUAUGUCUUAAGAUUCUAGCUAAAGGUGAACUCCAGGUAUCAGAAAAAGAAAGAAAUCAACAACUUGAGUCAUCAUUCCGAGAUAUUGCGACAAUAGUAGCAGAUAAAUGUGUCAACCCAGAGACAAAACGUCCUUACCCUGUUGGAGUCAUUGAACGUGCGAUGAAGGAUAUUCACUACUCUGUCAUUCCAACAAGAAGCUCUAAGCAACAGGCGCUUGAAGUCAUUCGGCAAUUAAAGGAGACCAUGCAGAUAGACCGUGCCCAAAUGCGUCUUCGUCUGGUCCUACCGGGUAAAGAUGCCAAGAAGGUCCAGGAAAAGUUGAGACCCCUCAUGACAAAAGUCGAAAGCGAAGAAUGGGAUAUGGACCUGGAAAUUGUCUGUUUGGUUGACCCCGGUUGUUACAGAAGUAUUGAUGAGACACUACGUGCCGAGACGCGAGGGCGUGGCAACAUGGAGGUGCUUAGUUUAAAAGACGUGCAAGAAGGGGAUGAGAGACUAGAGUAAUAACCUACAGUAGUCUUGCGAAGAAAAGCUGUUUGUCACCAAGAAUAGUAAAUGACCUGUUGUUCCAUGCUAGAGGUUAUUCGGCUGAGAAACAAAAAUAUGCAAGUGUCUAAUAUUGGGUUCUUCCUCUUAUUAAUUUAAGAGAUAUUUAAAAACAAAAAUAAAAAUGCCAUUGAUUCAGUUGUAAACUAAUGUGAGCCAAACCUCUAUAAAUUUUUUUCAAAGCA